CGGGGGAUAAGAUCUCUAAGUACCCCUCGAAGCCAUCAACCUUUGCGUUCACAUUUGACCAAGAAAUCAAGCUUCCUCAAGGAACAUGUUUUUCACCGCACCACUGACAGGAGACGUGGAGUUAUUGAGAGAAGUAUCAAGGAAGUUCCUGCUAGCGGUUCAGAUAAAUCUGUUCCCACAGCUACACUUGGAGAAAAUGAUCCAACUCCUACUGAAAGGAAAACCAAUUUGCGCCAGCCUAUGAAUACCGAUGCUCGAACAUGCCAAGAUGUCAUAACAGAACUUGGGUAUCCAUAUGAAGCUAUUCGUGUAGUUACUGCUGAUGGAUAUGUUCUUCUUUUGGAAAGAAUUCCUAGGCGCGAUGCACGGAAGGCUGUGUAUCUGCAACAUGGAAUAAUGGAUUCAUCCAUGGGAUGGGUGUCUAACGGAGUGGUUGGCUCUCCUGCAUUUGCAGCCUUUGAUCAAGGUUAUGAUGUAUUCCUGGGGAACUUUCGUGGUUUGGUUUCUAGGGAACAUGUUAACAAGAACAUCUCCUCACGACAGUACUGGAAGUAUUCCAUCAAUGAGCAUGGUACACAGGAUGUACCUGCUAUGAUAGAGAAAAUCCAUGAAGUUAAAACCUCUGAACUGAAGAGCAGCCAGCCUGAUCUUGAAGAGGAAAACAAUGAUGAUCAGCCUUACAAACUUGCUGCAAUCUGCCACAGCCUGGGUGGAGCAGCAAUAUUGAUGUACGUCAUAACGCGUCGGAUAGAGGAGAAGCCCCACAGACUGUCGAGGUUGAUUCUACUGUCACCAGCUGGGUUCCAUGAAGAUUCUACCCUAGUAUUUACUGUUGCUGAGUAUCUUUGUCUUAUGCUGGCUCCAAUCCUUGCUCCACUUAUGCCUGGGUUGUACAUACCGACCAGAUUUUUCCGGAUGCUGCUGAACAAGUUAGCGAGGGACUUCGACAAUUACCCUGCCUUGGGAGGGCUAGUUCAGACCCUUAUGAGCUAUGUUGUCGGUGGUGAUAGCUCAAACUGGGUUGGGGUGCUAGGUUUGCCACACUACAAUAUGCAUGACAUGCCUGGAGUGUCUAUUUUUGUUGCUAUUCACCUUGCACAGAUGAAGCGUAGAGGAAAGUUUAUAAUGUAUGAUCAUGUGAGUGCAGCUGCUAACAUGGAAGUGUAUGGAUCGCCUGAGCCCUUGGACUUGGGUAAACACUAUGGACUCAUUGACAUUCCUGUCGAUCUGGUUGCUGGGCGGAAGGAUAAGGUGAUACGUCCAUCCAUGGUUAGAAAACAUUACAAGUUGAUGAAGGAUUCAGGUGUUGAUGUGUUCUUCAAUGAAUUUGAAUAUGCUCACCUGGAUUUUACAUUUUCCCACCAUGAAGAACUUUUGGCUUAUGUCAUGUCCCGCGUGUUGCUUGUUGUACCUCCACCUAAGCAACAGUUUGGUCAGAAGGCUGCGAGAUUGAAGAGGAAAGGUGGAAAUGGGUCAACUAGUAAUACUACCUUGAGAUCAUCAUCAUCAUCGUCAUCAUCAUCGUCGUCAUCAUCAUCAUAGUAGACAAAAUGUAUAAAUGUGGAAGCUUUCGGGAUUAAGCUGCAGGGGUGUCUUCUUUGGUUUUUGUCGGGUGACAUGCUUGCAUUUUAUGUUCAUACUUGCUGCUGUUGUAUAUGAUUGACUAGGUGUAUUUUACACCAUUUUAGUUAGGUUUUAUCUCCAUAUGGGUGUCAAGUCAUCACCUUCCCUCCCUGAGGAGAGAGUUUAAUCAUUGGGAAGUGCGUUAUGGGUAAGGAUCACUAAAUUGUACCUUGUAAGAGAAGUUCUGUGCGACUUGGUUUAUAUUGUGAGUAUUCAUGAACAUCAGCCUUGAUGAAACCAUUGCUUAGACUUCUUCGGCAUCCUUUAUGAUUGAUGAAUGCCAUCUUCUGUCAUUGCUUGA